GCCAAGAUUCAGAUGAAUUGAAGACAUACGGUUGGACGUGCCACAAUGGACGGGAUUAUGGACGUCAAAUGCUAGUUGACCGAGAUAUGACCUUGAUGACAAGUUUUUGAAAUCCAAAGAAGAUGGCAGUGGCUAUGGAGGGGACUGGGCAGUUCGAAUUGAUGUGCAAAGUGAGAAAUCCAAGCUUAGUGAGGAGAUGCAAACUGUGCAUCUUUUCUUCUAUCUUGCGGAUGAAGAUGGGAACGCUUUGAGUUUGAGUAGGGAGACCCUGAACAUUCGUGAGAAUUCUCUCCUGGCUGUUGGAUCACGAACAGAUGUUGGCAGUUGGAAUCUAAAUUUAGAAUCAAUGGAUGAUUUGGAAGUCCAUUAUUCUGGCUUCAAGAUAUCUCACAUUCACAAUUUAUCAGACCUUGUCCAGCAAAAUCUUGGAGCCCAAGUGAGGAAGUUUGGUCGUUUGCAACUCUCAGACACUACCAAUGAUUCUUCAAACAUUUUAGUAUUUCAGAUCUUGGGUAGGAUUUCUUUCAGAAUAGAUGUAGCUUUUAUAUCUGGAACUGGCGUAAAAGAUUCAAGACUUAAAGAACGUCUCAGCAGCCUUACAAGUACCUUACUGACUAGUCAACUAGAUGAGAAGGAAAACGAAUUUGAUGACAAAUUCAAAAAAUGCUUUAAUUUGGCUGAUGAGCUUGAUUCUGAGUCCAUCUCCACUGGUAAGGCUGCAGUUGCGAGUUUGUUGGGUGGAAUUGGCUACUUUUAUGGCCAAUCAAAAAUCUCAGUCCCAAGUAACUCUAAUCGAUCUAACAACGAGAAAGACGGUGAUUUCAUUCCCAAAGUCAGGGGAGUCUGACGUGGCAGUGAUUUGAUUCUGUGGCAAUCCGAGUUAUUUGGGGGAAUGAUGCAGUUACAAAUAUUUGGGGGUUCAAUUUAGGCAGUGAUUCAUAUUUUGAUUGUGAUUCGAGUAAUCAGUAGUAAAUUAGGGGGGUGGCUUCCCAAUUUUAAAGAAUUUGAGUUUGAGUUUGAAUUUGAGUUUGUGUUCUUACUUUCGUGACCAAAGAAGAAGAGGAAAAAGAAAAGAAUGAUUCCCAUUUUAAAAUUUAAAUCCCCAAGAAAACAUGUUAUUGAAGAAUAACUUCUAAAAAAAAAGGGAACUUUCCAACUUAAGUAAAGCCUUGGAGAUUAUGGAAGGUGUUUGAUCAAACAAGAAUCUUUAAGUCAUUGACUUUAGGGGGAAUUUCGACUUUUAUGAAAAAUGGUAGAUAAGGAAGUGGUGACCAAAUCUUCAAUUUUGA